UAUUGGUGUAAUCCUGGUUGCAUGACUUAACAUUACCUUACUAGACUUUGGUCUGCUUUAUUUCGAUAAUUAGGCUUUAUUUCGAUAAUUAUUAGGAUAAUUAGGUUUAUACAUUUGAUUAACAAUAAUAAAAACAGUUUAUGCAAUUUUGUCCAAUAAGACUGUUCAGCGGUGAUUAUUUAGAAAAUGUUUUCGGAACGUGCCCCAUAAUUGUUUAGAAAAUAUGGCGGCAUUGUCGGCUCUGUCAAUAAAUAAUGUUUAAAAAAGUCCAUCAGUUCCGGUAAAUAUCCAAUUAGAUGGCACUAGGGACGCACGUAACAGCACAAAGUUUGCACCACCAUAAAAUACCACCCCCAUUUAAUUUAACAAAGUCGAAAAAUCCGGUACAUUGCACCCAUAUGUCAAAUUUGUUAUUGUCAGUCAGCUGUCAAUGGGGAAAGAAGUGAAGACUUCAUGCAUCCUAUCAGAUUUCUAGGUAAACCAUGUCUCACUGCGAGACCACGCUGAGGCCGCAGCCCCGUCUGGACCUGAAAUGGCUGAAGACCGACCUGCAGUCGCUGUUCAACGGCCACGACAGCCUGGCGAACUGCUGGAACGGCCUCAUAACGGACGGAGAGCUCACUGGUAACUUUUCGGUGGGCCUGUUGAACAGCGCGGGCGUUACGGCCAAGCAGGGGGAAUUCGGCAAGUACUACUGCGGACAGAGGGUGUUAACUUGUACGUGCUGCGAUGGAAUCUGCGGCCCGGACAGCGGUUGCAAUUGCCAGCCUUGUCAAAAACUGGAUGCCGAGGAAUCGGCGCAGAAAACACAAGAGAAAGUGCCGAUUCCUUCUAUGGAAAGUCUGUUGAAUAAAUGGGCUUGGGGGCCUCAACCAUCACUUGAACAAUUAUCAUUGUGCUUGUUGAGCUUGAACAAUGAACAAAAAACCCUCUGUUAUGAGGCAGCUAGUUCGACUCUAUCAGCCACUCGAUUAUCUUACAGGCUGUCCAUAUAUAAAAGGUACUUCAUUGCUUUAAACAGAGUGCCUAAUUCCCCUGAGUUUGAGAAUGGAAUAUACAAACGCAAGGCUAGUAUAGAAACAGAGACCAAAGUAGUUGCCAAGGAUGAAAGGCAUAAACAGCCACAGCAUGAUCCGGCCAUUGGUUUGGCCAGGGUUGGGUCUAGAGCAGCCUUAAACUUUUCCUUUGCAUUCCUAAGGAGGGCCUGGAGAUUAGGGGAAGAUACUGACCUGUGUAGUGAACUUCUGAGCGAAUCACUUGAGGCACUAAGAAUGUUGCCUGUGGCCACCUUGUUUGGGCAGGUUAAUGUGUCACCAGUCUGGUUGGAAGUCGUGGAGAGAUCCUCGAAAUUUUUACGACAAGUUAUCACAGGAGAUGUAACAAGUGGGAGACAAUACUGCAAUGUACCUUUAGAGGAUCAACACACAUCCUUGAAUUUGUUACUGGAGUUUGCCUUGCAAAAAGGAAGUCUGAGCAGCAUUUUAGAAAUGGUACUUUUACUACUGAACAUCUGGGAGAAAAGAUCACACCUUAAUGACAAUAGAUCAAACCUCGAUGACCCCAGUGCCCCUCUACUACCUUUCAUUAAACGUUUCUCAGACAUCCAACCAGAAAAGUCGAAUAUGUUCCCCAAGGAUGAGUCUGAAGAGCUUCCAUCUUGCACCAAAAUAUUUUUAGAUCUGCUAGAACUGCCCGACGAAGACGGGGUCGAAAUUGACCUUCGACAGGCUGCCGUCUUCAUCAUAGCCCACUUAGACAGACUGGCAUUACCGCAUAUACCUCCUCUAUCGUUUACGAAGGUAAAACACCUAAAGGUGGUGACGUUCGGGUGGUUAACAGUGUUAAUUUUGCAGUCGACGUCCUUCUACUCCGGCCAAAGGGCCUGGGGCUGGGGGUCGUUGUCGUGGCUGCAGGGCCCCGGGCCCCAAAACUGCGACUCCCUCUCCGAGCUGACGAUAAAACAAAUAUGCUGCUCUGACAGACGACUGCUGAUUCUGACCAGAUCAGGGACCGUUUAUUUUAUGUAUUACACGUCGGAGUUGCAGUGUCCUCAGUUUGUGGAAGGUUUAAAAGACAAAGAAGUCAUCAAAAUAUCGAGCCACAUCGAAGGCAAACACUUCAUGGCCCUCACGUCCGACUUCGAAGUUUACUCGUGGGGCAUAGGCGAUGGCGGCCGACUGGGCCACGGCGACAACUCAUUCAAAGAAGAACCGACCCUCAUAGAAGCCUUAAAGAACAAAGACGUGGUGGACAUCGAGUGCGGCGCCACCUACAGUGCCGCAAUCACAGCCAACGGCAGUCUGUACACAUGGGGGCGGGGCAACUACGGCCGACUGGGUCACGGCACUUCCGAAGACUGUUCGGUGCCCACGAUGGUGCUGGCGCUGUCCGGAGAGUUCGUGACGAAGGUGGCGUGCGGGGCGGGCGACGCCCACACUUUGUGCGUCACGCUGCAGGGCAAGGUGUACAGUUGGGGGGACGGCGACUACGGCAAGCUGGGCAGGGGUGGCUCGGACGGUUCCAAGUUGCCCCGCGUCGUGGACAAGCUGCAGAACGUGGAGAUCACUGAGGUUUACUGUGGCACGCAUUUCAGCGUCGCCUUGUCGAAAGAAGGGCAGCUUUACACCUGGGGGAAGGGAGAAGGUUGGAAGCUGGGGCACGCCACGGAAGAACACGUCCGUUUUCCUCAGCAGGUGGAGGCCCUAAAAGACAAAAGAAUCGUCUCAGUAAGUGUGGGCAUGAGCCACGUCUUGGCUUUGACCGACGAGGGUGAGAUUUACGGCUGGGGUGCCAACGAUAAGCGUCAGAUCUGCGACACAUCCGACGCUUUCAUACAACAACCAAGACUGGUGGAGCAGCUCAAGGGCCAGAAGGCGGUGGGGGUUUGUUGCGGCAGGAACCAGAGUCUGGCGUGGACCGACGUUAAUUCCUACAUUCCUAAGAUGUCUGUGCCGUUUGUUAUCGAUUUGACGGAAAAUACGUUCAAGCAUAUUGAUCAGAUAUUAGAAAUUGUGGUGGCGUCCAGUCCUUCCACCCAGGACAAGGAGUGUCUGGCCAUAUCUGCAUUAAAUUUAUUACAUCUGCAGCUACACAGUAUUAUAAGCAAUGCCAUCGACGCAAAAUCGGUGGGACUAGGUCCAAACAGUAAGCUGUUGUGUAGCUUAAAAAGCCAAGUGGUUUACCUGGCAAGUGCAGUAAACAUCUUGCCCACAGUCCAACAGGCUGCUCAGGCUGCCUUGCAAGCUGGUUGGUCUGUCCUACUUCCAACAGCUAACGGAAGGGCAAGGACUCUUAGUUCCUUGUUGUUAAACACGGAUAUGGAGCCCAAAAUGUGUAGGUCCGGUCAUCGUUUUAUGACUGACCUUUUGGUUUGGAGCCUGAUGGCUGAUGGUGGGCUAGAACAAGCUUUAAACGAAGCCCUAGGUGUUGAUAUCAGUGAACUAGCCAAUUCUGACGAGAAUUUCGACCAGUCAUCCCACAUUAACAUUCCCUUGUUGUACCUAGUCCGUCAGCUCGUUAGAAAUAGUAGUACCUUGUCCCAGUCGUCGCUGAAGGAGUUCUCCACGUCCGGCAAGGUGCCAGCCCAAAAGAACCUACCGUCUCCAAGCUUGAAGCUUUUGAAGCGUUUCCAAAGACUGCUCAUAGGGAAGAUCUACCAGAAAAACCCGGAGUGUCAGGACGCAGCCGAAACCCUACUUAUUAAAUAUUUGGAUUGUUUCACCAAUCACAUCUGUUCCACCCUCAACAUGUGCUUCGACAUUGCCUUAACGUCAACGAGAAACUUUCUUUCAGUGAUGCAGAUAUUAAAAAACGAUGUUAUUGGUUUAUUACUUCCCGAGUUGAUUGUAAGCCUCAUCCUUCUGGAACAAGAAGUUCCCAUGUUCCUGACGUCCCUAAACUGGCUGGACAUCUUCGACGACGUACUAAAAUCCCUGGACAAGUUGUGUAAACUUUCCCCAGACAUCGAAAUCUUCGAUAGCGACGACAUUGCCUGGCCUGGCAUCACACAAACCAGGCCCAACAAUUACUCCCACAAAAUCCACGACGACUUGCCUCUAAUCAGGAAGGCUGACAUCGACAAUCACAACUUGGAUGGGGGGUUGUGGCUUAUUAUACACAACAGGGUUUAUGAUAUACAAGAUUUUAGAUGUGAUAACUCAGCAAUGACAGAGCUCCUUCAAAAGUACGCAGGAAAAGACGCCAGUCACAUUUUCAACAGUUCAACGCAGCACCAAAAUCUGCUGCAACAAAUGGAGAACUACAUCGUCGGGAACUACUGUCAACCCGAGCCCGACGUCCCCCAAAUAAAUUUGGACGCAAUGUACGUGUGUACCGCCCUGUUGGACGCCGAAAGGAACAUCGGCUACUUGCUGGGGCUGCACGCCUUCAACUUACGUCAGAGCCUGCCCCUGCAGGCCGAGGAGAUGAAUGCGGGACAGUGGUUGAAUGCCCCGUUCCUAACCGGAGGCUUACAAGUGGACCAGCCUCCCAAUCCCUUCGGGGAAGAGAAGGGGGAGUCACGCAGUACCAACUCGACGGCGGAGAACACGCCCACCGAAGCCAUGAGCACCAACAUCACGCAGAAGGUGUUCAAGAACGUGCAGACGCCCUGCGACCGCAUCAACGGCUUCAUAAACGCCUUGGCCGAAAGUCGUCUGUCAGAUUCUUAUGUAAUAGCGUUUCUGGCUAUCGUAGAACAGCAUUCAAAGCAGAAUAAUUUUUUGCAAAGGGUGGAUUUCUCUUUUGAACAUCCAAUAGAGGAGAUCGGUAGGGUGUUGUACGCCACUUUGUUGAAGCAUUUAGGACUGGGCUAUGUUUUAUUGCCGAUUUUAGAUGCAUACGGCAGCCAACCCACAUUGAAGAUACCCAAAGCGGUGGUGGAACUGAUCAAGCUGGUGCACACCACCAAGUGGAACCUGAUCAAGCUGCGCCAGGAGGUAAACAAAAGUUACAAGGAAAUAUGUAUCCCCCUGCUGGAGAAGUGCCGGUUCCUCUUGUACGACGUAAAACCGGCCAUCAGCAUAGAAACCGAGGCUUACAAAAGGGUGAACGUGCUGUACAAAGAGCCGAGGGUGCGCACUCUAGUGAGGAAGGUGAUAAAGGACCUGAAAUGCGGCCGACACACUUCGGAAAUACAAAAACCGGAGGACAUAGUGAACGCGACGAUACAAUCGCAGAGUAGCGACCGCCACAAGUCCACCGAAGACGUGAGCAGCGGCAAAAGUGCCAUGAAAAAGACCACGUCCGACGGCAAAAUCUCCGAAUCCAAAAGCGAAACCGACGACGUCAAUAACGAGAUCAAGAACGGAACUCACAAAGCUGCAGCUGAGGGUAGGACUGCAGAUUCUAACAACACGAAUACGUCCAAAGGUGUGAAGAACUGUAAUGCGGAGUUGAAGAGCGAAUUGGACGAAAAGUGGACGGUGGAAAAACUGGAGAACGAAACCAGGCAGGAACAAGACAAAGUCGAAGAAGACAAGGCCAAGAAAUUGGAAUCACAAAUCGCCUUGAACAAUAUUAUUUUUAAAUUAACCGAAAAGAAAAUGAAGAAAGUCACUUACGAAAACAUGGACAUGAUGAACUCUUUGAUGGACUUCAUUUUGCACUCUAGUUGUGACGUCGAGACACUUAGGAAGGUUAUGUACUAUCAGGUGAAACGUUGCAAGAUAAGAAAACAAGGUCUGGACAUGAUCAAGCACCUGCUGAACAGCAACAACUUCCUUAGUUCAGUCAGAUACUCCAUAAUAAACGGAUAUUUAGGCGUGGACAAACGUGAGGAGUUCAUGUGCCAUUGCUUAGACGACAUACAGCUAGUAACUCCGUUUUUGAAGACCGAAAUGCUGCUCUCCCAGCUCUCCAUAACCGAAUGGUGCAUUGAGACCUUACGCAACUACAUCCUGCGUGACAUACCGAAUAAGUCGAGCAAAAUGAAGGGAACAAACGCCAAAGUCAGCCUCAAUUUGGGCACCUAUACGCUCUUAAGGGACAUUCCUAGAGCCAGGAUGUUGCUGGCCAUUCUGGGCAUUUUGUCCUCGAAUAGAUACAACGCCUUGGAGCUGGGGCCUGUCGUUAACAGCGGGGUGAUAAGCUCAGUUUUGGCUUUGUUAAAGCAGGCUGGCUCGGAUCAGAGUAUCGUCAGAAAAGUGUCGGAAUUUUACGUCCUGUAUGCUGACAUGGUUGAGAAUAACAAGCCCAAAUAUGCCUUUGUUACCGGACCAGAGUUAGCCAGCCUCAUGAAAUUGGGUACAAGGGUCGUCAGGGGUGCUGACUGGAAAUGGGGUGACCAAGAUGGUAACCCUCCAGGUGAGGGUAGAGUAAUUGGACAACUAGGGGACGAUGGUUGGGUACGAGUGGAGUGGAGUAACGGUACCACCAACAGUUACAGAAUGGGCAUUGAGGGGAAAUACGACUUAACUUUGGCCUCCCCUCCGUCUCCCGUCACUUCAGACACCGACACUGAAGAACCCAGUGAUCAAAGUUCUCAACUGGUGAAAGACAAUCAAUUGAUUAAACUAUUACGAAACUCAAGCAUCAAUUUCCUAAGAAACAUAGCUAUAAGUGCUGGCCUUUCAACAGACAAUCUUCACCCCACAACAGUUCAUGGUUUAAGCAGCUUGUUUUGCUCAGCCCUAUCGUCCAACAAUUCCGAGUGGUGCAGCUUAACUUUAAUCAAAAGCAUAUCGAAAACCCAACAGUUAUGUUGUGCCUUCAGUACCAAACCUUGGAUUAACAUGUUCCUGGGAUUUUUGUCAGCACCAACAAGCGGAAAUGAAUUGAAUUUACCUAAACAAAUUCUCACGGUACGACUCCUGCAAACGGUUUUGCAAAUGUGGGACAUGGACAAUCCGGAAAUACCUACAAUCGUCGAGAAGCUUCUUGGAAUUUUGGGCAAGAUCAUCUUGACUUGUUCCUACGACACCGGUAACAAGCCUCUAUCCUCGUCCAAAUCUUUGGUGCUUCUCACUCAAUCACACAGUAGUACCUUGGCGCAAGAAAUAAUUGCUCUCCUGAGGAACCUGCACGGUUUAGUCGGCUGGAAUCAAGUGUUGAACGCCAUUUUGGUACAAAAGUUGAACAUUGGCGCCUACUUCUUGAGUGAUGCUUGUCAGAUGAAUAUAAUCAAUGAUGGAAUAGUACCGGAUCAGCAACACUUUAUGAUCACCGCCUGUUUGAACGUUAUAGGAGCUUGGGACGAUCGCCCACGAGUGGGAGCCACCGCAGAAGUGGACAACGUCCAAGGCACUGUCACCAGGGUGUCGCCCAAGGGCAAACUGUGCCUGCAAAUUCACGGAACCGGCGAAACAAAAAAGGUGGCCGUCAACAACCUAAAAUUGGCCGCCCCCGUAGAGUUCAACUUCGACAAGAUGUUGCUGAGCGAGAACUUCAUCAAAACGUGGGCCAGCCUGCUGUUAAUCCGUCAAAACCCUUUCAGUAAUCACGACAGGAAGUCGUUCCACGGACAGGUGAACGCCGCCUAUUUGAGGACGCAGCAGAUCAUCCUCAGUGCGUUGAAUGCGACGAGGAUUUUGCACGGCAAUCAGUACAAGUUGAGGAAGAUUAUGAGGCACCCCAUCAACGGCAUGGACCAGUCGCAGGAGCAACAGUCGAUUGAGGAAGAGCUGAAUCAACAACCGGUGUUGUUGGUGCAGAAGCUGCUUGCCAAGGCCACGCAGCCCAGCCCUUUGAAGCCAGGUUUCAAUCUGCAAGAGAUGCAGCUGGCAGCCCUAAACCUGAGCCAAUAUUUGGCUUCCGAAGGCAACUUCGAGACGACGUCUGCGAUUAAUAACGAGAAGCCGACGCCGAAGAACAACACCAAGUGCACGACGAGCGAGGUGGCCACCCCGAACAGCGAGUACUCGGUCAAAAGCGUGGUGGACGAGAAGACGAAGAAGCAAACGGAGCUGGAGGACGAGACGCCCGCACAUCCCAUAGUCACCCAGAUUAUCGAGAUGGGUUUCACCAAACGUGCCGUGGAGAACGCCAUGAAAACGUUGGCGAUUGGGCCCGAGUCUUUGAUGACGCCGGAGGCGGUGGUGGGCUGGUUGUUGGAGCAUCCAGAUUUUGUGGCGGAAGAGAGCGAUUCGGUCAGCUCUGUCUACGACAGUGAUACCGAGUCGUUGUCUUAUGAUAAUGCCAUUGGGGCGCAGGCACUGGCUCCUUUUGGAGAAGACUCGGUUAAGCCACAAACGUACUGCCGAAGGUCUCAGUUUUUGUCCAACGAUGAGUACGCCAUGUACGUAAGGGACAACGUUGAAGUUGGAAUGUUGGUUAGAUGCUGUAAAGGAUACGAAGAGGUACAACUAGGAGAUAUUGGAAAAGUCACAAAAAUUGACAGGGAAGGCCUGCACGACCUUAAUUUACAAGUAAAUUGGCACCAUAAAGUUAGUACUUAUUGGGUCAGGUUUAUACAUGUGGAACUACUGGGAUUCCCUCCUUCUGUGCCUACGCCCAACUCCAUAAAAAUAGGAGACAAGGUCCGAGUCAAACCUAACGUAACGACCCCCAGGUAUAAGUGGGGGUACGUCACACAUGACAGCAUUGGAAUUGUUACCAGUAUAUCCCCCAACGGCCACGACCUGACGGUCGACUUCCCCAAACAGCUGAACUGGACCGGCCUGAUCUCCGAAAUGGAGAUAGUCCCGUCCUGCCACGAGGGCAUCUACUGCAGCGGCUGCGGCGUCAGCCCCAUCCGGGGUCCCAGAUUCAAGUGCAAAGUGUGCGAGAACUACGACCACUGCGAGAACUGCUUCUACACCAGAAAAAUACACAGGCACGCCUUCAACAGAAUAAACGAGCCUGGGUCGCCCGAAAUUUGUGCUGGAAAGCCGGGACGUUACUACAGGCACGACACACUCGAUCUAGAGGGAGAAAUUAUAACUGAAUGGAAUCAAUGUGUUAAAAAUGUUACUGUGUCGUCUCAGCACGUGGCCAAAUUCGAAAUUCCCAACUUCUUGUGGCAAAGUUGGGGCACUCAGGGAAAACAUUGGAUUAGACUAGAAAUUUAUCCUGAUAUUUUGAUAAAAAGUUUAAGAAUGGGGGUGGAUCCGUCUGAUAAUAGUUACAUGCCUUCUGUUAUUGUUGUUAAUGGAGGUACUUCUUUGAAAACGUUGCAAGAAUUGAGCAUAAUUAACGUAAAAAGUCAAGACACUAGUGUAUUACUUUUAACCAACAUGGAUAAGUACUACCCCAUCAUAGAAAUUAACAUAAUUAAAUGUCGAAAUAACGGAAUAGACUGUAAAGUUCAUGGCAUGUCCAUAAUGGGAAUGAAGAAGCACUUCUUCGGUGAACUUAAAACUUCAGUCUCAUUUUUGGCUAAUGACUGGGAUUUAAGUCAAGAGCAAACCUUAGGUCCAUGCAUGGUAUCAAUGUUUCAGGAACCCAGCCCACACAUAUCUUCCAGCCAAUCCAACGGCUGCCGAGUAUUCGUCUGGGGUCUGAAUGACAAAGAUCAAUUGGGUGGCAUGAAAGGCUCCAAGGUCAAGCUGCCCGUCCAGUCGGACUUCCUAAACCAUCUACGUCCCACAUUCAUAGCGGGAGGGUCUAAAUCCUUGUUCGUUGUGUCGCAGGAAGGAAAAUUGUACGCGUGCGGAGAGGGUACCAACGGACGCCUGGGUCUGGGCCACAACAAUAACGUACCCGUACCCCGCCCCAUACCGUUCCUAAGCCAGUACGUGAUCAAAAAGGUGGCCGUGCAUUCGGGCGGCAAGCACGCCAUGGCCCUCACGCUGGACGGCAAGGUGUUCUCGUGGGGCGAGGGCGAGGACGGCAAGUUGGGACACGGCAAUCGACUAAACUUGGACAAGCCCAAGCUGAUCGAGGUGUUGAGGAGCAAGAAAAUCAGGGACAUUGCGUGCGGCAGCUCACAUUCCGCCGCCAUUACCAGCAGCGGGGAGCUGUACACGUGGGGUUUGGGGGAGUACGGAAGGCUGGGACACGGGGACAACGUCACGCAGCUGAAGCCUAAGCAGGUGAAGGCGUUGGUGGGGCACAGGAUCGUGCAGGUAGCGUGCGGGAGCCGCGACGCCCAGACGUUGGCCUUGUCGGACGAGGGGCUGGUGUUCUCGUGGGGCGACGGGGACUUUGGCAAGCUGGGGCGGGGUGGCUCGGAGGGCUGCACCGUCCCUCACAACAUCGAACGUCUGAACUCUCUGGGUGUUAUCCAGAUUGAGUGUGGCGCCCAGUUUUCCCUAGCCUUGACCAAGGCGGGGGAGGUUUGGACGUGGGGGAAGGGCGACUACUUCCGAUUAGGGCACGGGUCGGAUCAGCACGUCAGAAAACCCACCAUGAUCGAAUCACUCAAGGACAAGAAGGUGAUACACGUUGCUGUCGGUGCUCUACACUGUUUGGCUGUAACGGAGUCAGGACAGGUGUAUGCCUGGGGUGACAACGACCACGGCCAGCAAGGCAACGGUUCGACAGUUGUCAAUCGAAAGCCCGCCUUGGUGCAUGGUUUGGAAGACGUACACAUCAACAGAGUAGCCUGUGGCAGCUCCCACUCAAUAGCCUGGACACUGCAAGACAUCCAAACGGUGUCUAAAAUUGAGCCGGUGAUAUUCCCCGUGGCGAAAGAUCCUUUGGGGUCCUCCAUUUUAGGUCUGUACGAUGGUGAGAAGGCGCCCACUUCCACGGUCAACAAGAACGCCCCAUCGUUGAGCAGCAUUGUUAUGUCGUUGGAAAGCAACACGGCUAAACAACAAGCCUUGCAGCACAUCCUGAACGCCAUGCACAUCCAGCAACUCAGGCAAGCCCUUGUUAAGGCCUUGUGCAGUCACACCAACAUCAAAAACAACGUUAAGCAGCAAUCAAGCACCCCUGACACAACACCACACGACAGAUCAGUGGAAAAUGGUUCCUUGGUAAACAAAGAAGGAGAAAUCGCCUUUGGUGGAGGAGAAGCUCCGGUGUCACUGACUGAAAUCACUGGAAUCAACAGCCAUCAAACAACGCCGGAAGCCGAAGAGAACCCUCUGGCACUGAUGCAGUCGAUGACCGCCAGCAGUUGUUCGGCCAGCAUGAGCUCCAAACAUUCUAGAAUGUCGACGAGUGCCAUGUCGGUUAUUGCAGCCACUUUAACCUCACACGCUGAAGUUAUUGGUGACGGUGACAUAUCCGGUUUGGAUGAGUUCACCAGCCUUCUAAGCGAGAACGAUGCUAGGCUGCUCGUUGACUUGCUCAAACUGGCCGUAGCUGAUAGAAUCGAAGACGAACAGUCCGUUGACAUCUUGUCUUCUGUCUUAAUUUCAAUGGGUAGCAGUAACAGUUCAAUUGGGGCCAUGUUGCUAGAGCUGUGCGUGACUGAACUGGAGGACAUCUCCAACAGUACACAAACUCUGACCAGUACUCCCCAUCCGGUGGUGCAAGAAUCAAAUCACCCGUACAUCGACGAUGUCACCCUCAGAGGACAAGUAAAGUUGCCUGGGGCGGACGCCCUACGCGUAGAGUUCGAUCGACGAUGUUCCACAGAGAGGCGGCACGACCCUCUGCAGAUCACCGACAGUACCGGAAGAGUUUUCGCCACCAGGUCGGGCCGGGAGUGGUCCGACUGGUCUUCGGAACUCAGAAUACCGGGUGACGAACUGAGAUGGUCGUUCCAAAGCGACAGCUCAGUGAAUGGCUGGGGGUGGCGCUUCACCGUUUACCCCGUGAUGUCCAACCACGGACCCAAAGAAAUCGGGUCCGACCGUGCUGUACUGAGUCAACCGUCUAUAGACAUGGUGAUGUGCCUUCUAGACGCACGUCUGUAUAGAUCUGCGGAUUCAGCUUUGAUGUCCCGAUUGGCGGCGGCGUUGGCCUCCUGUUCCCAACUCAGCUUUCUCGCGCCUGCGCAACGCAUGUGGGCGUUGCAGAAGUUGCACCGACUGUUGGUGGGUGAAGACACGAAAGCCGAGGCGGUCACCCAACAGCUCCAACAACUGAAGGCACCGGACAGCGCCCUCGGCAUAUUACUGGAAGAACUACCUCAAGCCUUGCUGAGACAAUACGAGUACGAGGACAGCUCCGUCCGGGCCGGACUACAUCUAAUGCAUUCCGACUUCUUCAAAGUGUUGGUUGCUCUGGCUUGUGACCUUGAGCUGGACAAGAUGAUAGGCCUAACCGAGAACCACAAGUGGUCGUGGUUCAGGCGGUACUGCCACGCAGCUCGCGUGGCCAAAUCACUAAUCCAUCGCACCCCUCUGCCGAUGACGUUUUGCGAAGAGGUGCGUAAGAAGCUCAGCGACCACAUCGACUGUCCCCCGGGCAAGUACAUGGAGCACGAGAAGCACUCGGUGUUCCACAAAGAGCACGACGAACAGCUACUAAUAUGGCUUAACCGUCGCCCCGAUGACUGGACGUUGUCGUGGGGCGGUUCGGGUACUAUCUACGGCUGGGGUCAUAAUCACCGUGGCCAAUUAGGUGGCGUAGAGGGCGCCAAAGUGAAGCAGCCUACCGCUUGUGAGGCGUUGUCCAGCUUGAGGCCGGUCCAGUUGGUGGGCGGGGAGCAGACGUUGUUCGCCGUCACGGCGGACGGGAAGGUGUACGCCACAGGUUACGGAGCCGGUGGAAGAUUAGGGAUUGGAGGCACGGACUCCGUGUUGGUGCCCACCUUGCUGGAGUCGAUACAGCACGUGUUUGUGAAGAAGGUUGCCGUUAAUUCGGGCGGCAAACACUGUCUGGCCUUGUCGGCCGAUAAUGAUGUGUACUCGUGGGGCGAGGGAGACGACGGAAAGCUUGGACACGGGUUGAGAACGUCGUGCGAAACCCCCAAACUGAUUGAAGCCCUUCAGGGCUUCGAAAUUGUGGAUAUAGCCUGUGGUGGGGCCCACUCAGCUGCCAUAACCAGUUCCGGCCAACUUUAUAUAUGGGGCAAGGGCAGAUAUGGACGUUUAGGACUUGGCGAAAGCGAGGACCAGCUAAAACCUAAAUUAGUUGAAGCCCUGUUAGGAUACAGAGUAAUUGACGUGGCAUGCGGCUCCGGCGAUGCCCAAACACUGUGCAUCACCGACGACGACAACGUGUGGUCGUGGGGCGACGGGGACUACGGCAAACUGGGGCGUGGAGGCUCCGACGGCUGUAAAAUACCCAUGAAGAUCGAAAGCCUCGCAGGCCUGGGCGUCGUCAAGGUGGAAUGUGGUUCCCAAUUUUCAGUAGCAUUGACAAGAUCAGGAAGCGUCUACACAUGGGGUAAAGGGGAUUAUCACCGGUUGGGCCACGGUAAUGGAGAUCACAUUAGGCGACCAAAGAAGGUGGCUGCGUUGCAGGGCAAGAAGAUCAUAAGCAUCGCCACUGGAUCCCUCCACUGCGUCGCCUGCUCCGACGAAGGGGAGGUGUACACGUGGGGUGACAACGAUGAAGGACAACUAGGAGACGGGACGACCAACGCCAUUCAAAGACCCAGAUUAGUUUCAUCACUUCAAGGUAAAAAGAUAACGAACGUAGCAUGUGGCUCCGCCCACACCCUGGCCUGGUCCACGAGUAACGCCAGCUCUGCCUGUGCCAAACUGCCAACUGUGGCACCCAUAGAAUACGACCUCCUCCAAGACAUACCGACCCAGGUACUGCACCAACGCCUUGUGCUGCUGCACCACUUUGCGGAACUCAUUUGUCCCUGCAUCACCAUGUUCCCCAUCACCGGCCCUGACUCCCUGCACGAGCUGCGCAGCAUUUUGAUCUACAACAUCAAAGAGGGAACGUUCAGGAAGGUGGUCCAGGCCACUAUGGUACGCGACAAGCAUCACGGGCCGGUUAUCGAAUUGAAUAGAAUCCAGGUCAAAAGGUCUAGGUCUAGGGGUGGUUUAGCCGGGGUGGACGGCAUGAAGUCGGUGUUCGGCCAAAUGGUGACCAAACUACCUCUAUUAACGUCUGAAACUUUGGCGUUGCCACAUCGCGUGUGGAAGGUGGAGUUUGUCGGUGAGAGUGUGGACGAUUGUGGGGGCGGCUACAGCGAGAGCAUAGCCGAAAUGUGUGACGAACUGCAGAACGGUUCCCUGCCUCUUUUGAUACCCACGCCCAACGGUCGGGACGAGGCGGGCGCCAACAGGGACUGCUUCAUCCUCAACCCGUCAGCCAAAACUUGCCUCCACCUCAACAUGUUCCGAUUCCUGGGUGUGCUCAUGGGAAUUGCCAUACGCACCGGUUCCCCCCUCAGUUUGAACCUGGCCGAACCGGUCUGGAAACAGCUGGCGGGCAUCGAGUUGACGCCUGCUGAUUUAACUGAAAUCGACAGGGAUUACGUGCCCGGGUUGUUGUGCAUCAGGGACAUGGGGCCUGAGGAGCCUCUGUUCCAGAAUUUGGAGAUGCCCUUCUCCACACCGUCGUCGUGCGGUACUGACGUUCCUUUAAGCACCAGGUACAAGAGGAUCACCUACGAGAAUAGACUGGAAUACGUAAAACUAGCUUUAAACUUUCGGCUUACAGAAUUUGACGAACAGAUAAAGGCUGUAAGAGACGGAAUGUCCAAAGUGGUGCCGGUUCCCCUGUUGUCACUAUUCAGUGGGUACGAGUUGGAAACGAUGGUCUGUGGUUCCCCGGACAUACCCCUACCAUUAUUAAAGUCCGUGGCAACUUAUAAAGGAAUUGACGCCAGCGCCCCACUUAUCCAGUGGUUCUGGGACGUGAUGGAGGAGUUCACCAACCAAGAACGGUCAUUGUUCCUGCGUUUCGUGUGGGGCAGGACUAGACUUCCAAGGACGAUACCCGAUUUCCGUGGACGGGAUUUCGUCAUUCAAAUACUCGACAAGUACAGCCCGCCCGACCACUUCCUACCCGAGAGUUACACCUGCUUUUUCCUGCUUAAAAUGCCGCGAUAUUCGUGCAAGCAUGUGCUGCAGCAAAAAUUGAAAUACGCCAUACACUUUUGCAAGUCGAUAGACAAAGACGAGUAUGCGAGGGUCGCGAUUGCCGGCGAUUUGACGGUGAGCUCGAGCUCGGACGCGGAAAGCGACCCCGAAAUGGACGGCAGCAACUGAACCAUCAGCAACAACCACCCGUCCAUUUGUGUACACACUACGUGUCUCAUUCAAUUGAUGUGUUACUACUAAGUAAUGUGAUGGCAGUGUAGGUAUAUACACACACAUAUUUAUCAAUCAUUUUGUAGUUACUGUUUAUAAAAUGUUAUUCGAUUUUGUCUAUUUCAUUUCGGGCGCUUUCGUGACUGGCGUGGACUUUUGUUUGGUGGUUCCCCGGACUAGAUUUUUGUGACGUUCCCUACUUUAUCGACUGUAACUGUGAUCACUGUUUGGAGGUUGGCAAAACUGGAACGCUUGAAAAAGGGGGUUUUGCUGGAUGGCCCGAACAAAAUUCCACACCACGGAGCUUCAGCUUGUUGAUAAAAUGGGUACUUUGAUUGCUGUCGAUAGAAUUACUUUUUACUUAUUGUUGUAUUGUUUCCAUGAAGGAUUUGAAUUGUUUAUUAUCAAACAUUCCUAUUUAAACAAUGUCAAUUUUAAUGUUAUGCUUGUUCACGAGGAUCUUGUCAAUGUGCCAUGACGGAAAUUGUAUACUCAUUAUUAUGUCUGCAUUUAGUCUCUAUGAGAUAAACUAUUAUUAUAUUGCUUCGUCUAUGUAGUUUAAAUUAACACUUUUCAACUCGAAACUUGUGUAUUAAUAUACAGGCAGCUGUAUAUAAGGCUAGGGCACUUCAAAAAAUUGUAACGAGCUUAUUGUUGUUUUGCGGUACUACAAAUUAUUUAAUAAGUAUUAUGUUAAAAAUGUAAUUUAUAUUUUUCACUGUAUCUAGUCAUAUAUUUAAUAAAUAAACGAUUUAAAAAACUA